GCUUUUGAUGAACUUGGCACAUGAGUUAACUUCAUCAUUUGUUUUAUUUUAUUGUUUGUUUGGAUCCAAGGGGUAAAUUACAUUUUUGCCCUUAGAGCUCCCAUACAAAUUCCCCUCGUCUCUCUCCUCCCAAAUCCUCACCUCGACCCGGUGGAGAACUCCGUCAAUUCAGACAAAAUCAUCUCAAUCAUCGGAUCCCACCGCUAAAUCCCCACAAAGUUGCAGAGAAACUGAAACAAACUCGAAUUUGUAGCAACUACUGAUAUCGCCCUCACCUUUUUCUUUUUCCGAGUGUUGAAUUGGGUCGAUGAGAAUCAGAUCGUUGCUUGUUAUAUGAGCUAGGGCUAACAGCACCCAUUGUUGACAGAUUUUGCACUAGGCCACUUGAGGGUGAGUUGCCUGAGUUUGAUAAGCCAGUUGGAACUUUCGCUACUGGAAAAAGGUCAAAGGUGUACUGUAUACUUGCUUACCGAGGCAAGAAUUUUAAGGGGUUGGCGUCCAUUGCUUUUUUCUCCUUUGAAAAUUGGAGCAAUAAUUGAAGUGUAGUUUAAGCUAUGUCGGCCUUGAAUCGCAUAUGGGUCAAUUUUAUCAAUUCCUUAUUUCAUUUUGCUGAAUGGCAUCCUCUGGAAUAACGUCGCUGAUUGGGCGUCUGAAGCCCACUCGACGGAUUUCUCUAGACAAGGUUUUGCAGUUGAGUCUAUUAUCUUAGAGUGUGUAAAUUCCCGGGCCAGAGUUUUGGUACUGGGAUGUUCGCUAAGAGGAAUUCGAUUGAGAAAGUGACAGAAAUGGGCUGCUGUGGGUGUUUUGGUUUCUCAUUUGUGAAAAAUCCCAAGAAGGUGAUGAAACCCAGUAAGGCAAUUAGCAAGAAUAUUUAUGAGGAGUUAUUGUUGAAUGAUGAUCCUGAAGAUGACCAGGGUAGUAGUUUCCAGAAUGAUGAUAUGAAUGGAUCUGGGAAUGUAGAUGACCUUGAUUUCCAAAGCCCAGCAAAACGAUCACAGGAGAUUCUCAUGCACCUGAUACAACACGGGUUGAUAUGCAGGGAGUUCCCUGUUAAGGAAACUUACAGUGUCCUUCGCUCUGAGGAUGAAUAUGGAAACAAGACCAUUAAUGAAUAUGUCCGGGUGCGGAAGAUUGGUGCUGGUAGCUAUGGGAAAGUGGUUCUCUACCAAAGUCGUUUGCAUGGAACAUAUUACGCAAUAAAGGUCUUUCACAAGUCUCAUUUAUCAAAGCUGAGAGUUUCACCCUCAGAAACUGCAUUGAGUGAUGUUCUUCGUGAGGUUUUAAUCAUGAAAGUGCUGAGUCAUCCUAAUAUAGUCAAUCUUGUCGAGGUUAUUGAUGACCCAACAGACGAUAACUUGUAUAUGGUCCUUGAAUAUGUGGAAGGCAAAUGGGUCUUUGAUGAUGCUGGUCCACCUGGUCGUCUUGGAGAAGAAACUGCACGGAAGUACUUACGCGAUGUAGUUUCUGGUUUGAUUUACCUCCAUGCUCAUAAUAUAGUGCAUGGUGAUAUUAAACCUGAUAACUUAUUAGUCACAAGUUCUGGCACAGUCAAGAUAGGUGAUUUUGGCGUGAGCCAGGUUUUUGAGGAAGAUAAUGAUGAGCUUCGACGCUCUCCAGGAACUCCUGUGUUCACUGCCCCCGAGUGCUGUUUAGGUCUAACCUAUCAUGGAAAAGCUGCCGACACUUGGGCGGUUGGCAUUACCUUGUACUGUAUGGUUCUUGGGAAAUACCCGUUUCUAGGGGAGACGCUUCAGGACACUUAUGAUAAGAUUGUAAAUAACGCGCUGUUGCUCCCUGAUGAGAUGAACCCUCUCUUAAAGAACCUAAUGGAAGGCCUUCUCUGCAAAGAUCCGGAAAAAAGAAUGACACUAGAGAACGUCGCACAGCAUGCUUGGGUCAUUGGAGAAGAUGGACCGAUCCCUCAAUUCUUGUGCUGGUGCAAGCGCAAGAGACUUCAGAGAAACGCAUCUGAUGGAAGUCGAACAGAAACUCUCAGUUAACAACACUAACGGAGAGUAUAAUCUAUCCACCAGUUUCGUACAUGGUUUUCAAAAGAGAUGGUAGAACGCACACGAAGAGAGAAGUGACGGGACCUGUUAAGACUCGGUGUGUAGGUUGCCAUGAACUAGGUGAGCUCUUCUGCUUGAUACACUUUGAGGCUUCUAUUUUUACAGUUUUCGGAUUUCUCGUAUCACACGUGGAAUUUUCCCCAUAAUGUUAAGAGGGUGUUUAUCUUCUCCAUUUAGCUGGUUUUCCUGAGCUAUAGACCACUUUGUUGAGAUGUACAUGCAUUUCAAAGAUACUGAAUUUUACCUUUGUAUUGAAGCAAUUUUUGUGCAUUCUAUACUGAAAUAUUUUCUGAGCA